CGCCCGGUAGAUUAUGAAAGUGGGGUUUUGAAAUCUCGCCCAUUCAAGCUUUGAUUUCCGACUCUAUUCUAGAUUUUUUCUACCUUUGAAUGGAAAUCAUCGACUAAAGCGUGUAUGACUGUUUCAAUCUGCCCCCUUGAAUAAUUUUUAAUUUCUACCCUUCUUUGGGAGGCCUCCAUGCCUAAACCCUAAAGCUCAAGCUUCCAUAUAAAUCUCUUUCCUCGUUGCUCAUAUUUUCCAUCUACCGGCAAACAAGAGAGUUUUGUUUUGAAUCUCUAAGGAAAAAAAAGGAUGGCAAAUUCUCUGACAGAAGAACAGAUUGCUGAGUUCCGAGAGGCCUUUUGCUUGAUCGACAAGGACGCGGAUGGUUUCAUUACAAUGGAAGAACUGGCAACCAUUGUCCAGUCAUUGGAUAGACGUCCCACGAAAGAAGAAAUUCAAGACAUGAUAUGUGACGUUGAUCUUGACGGAAAUGGGACGUUGGAUUUUGAAGAAUUCUUGAACGUCAUGGGGAGAAAGCAGGAGGAAAAUGUUACUGAGGAACUAAAAGAAGCUUUCAAAGUUUUUGAUAGGAACCAAGACGGAUAUAUUUCGGCCACUGAGCUGAGACAAGUGAUGAUGAAUUUGGGAGAGAGACUGACGGAGGAAGAGGCUGAACAAAUGAUAAGAGAGGCAGAUGUGGACGGUGAUGGUCUAGUUAGUUUCGAGGAAUUUGCAAGGAUGAUGAUGGUUGCUUUCUGAUUGUUUUGUGAACAACUAGCCACCACUUUCAUUUUUAUUUUUAUUCUCCUUGAAAGCAGACAUUUUGUCGAGGAUUUAUUUUAUAAAAUUAAUAUAUACGCAGUAUAUGAAUGUUCACGUUUU